CUUUCUGUCACCCCGCCCCAUUCUCCCUCUUUCCAUCACCCCGCCCCAUUCUCCCUCUUUCCAUCACCCCGACCCAUUCUCCCGCUUUCCAUCACCCCGCCCCAUUCUCCCUCUUUCCAUCACCCCGCCCCAUUCUCCCUCUUUCCAUCACCCCGCCCCAUUCUCCCGCUUUCCAUCACCCCGCGCCAUUUAACCUCUUUCCAUCACCCGCCCCAUUCUCCCGCUUUCCAUCACUCCGCCCUGUUCUCCCGCUUUCCAUCACUCCGCCCCAUUCUCCCGCUUUCCAUCACCCGGCUCCAUUGUCCCGCUUUCCAUCACCCCGCCCAAUUCUCCCUCUUUCUAUCACCCCUUCCCAUUCUCCCUCUUUCCAUCACCCCGCCCCAUUCUUCUGCUUUCCAUCACCCCGCCCCAUUCUCCCUCUUUCCAUCACCCUGCCCCAUUCUCCCUCUUUCCAUUUCCCCGCCCCAUUCUCCUGCUUUCCAUCACCCCGGCCCAUUCUCCCUCUUUCCAUCACCCCGCCCCAUUCUCCUGCUUUCCAUCACCCCGCUCCAUUCUCCCGCUUUCCAUCACCGCGCCCAACUCUCCCGCUUUCCAUCACCCCUCUCCAUUCUCCCUCUUUCCAUCUCCCCGCCCCAUUCUCCUUCUUUCCAUCAACCCAUCCCAUUCUCCCUCUUUCCGUCACCCAACCCCAUUCUCCCUGUUUCCAUCACCUCGCCCCAUUCUCCCUCUUUCCAUCACCCCGCCCCAUUCUUCCUGUUUCCAUCACCUCGCCCCAUUCUCUCGCUUUCCAUCACCCCUCCCUAUUCUCCCUCUUUCCAUCACCCCGCCCCAUUCUCCCGCUUUCCAUCACCCCGCCCCAUUCUCCAACUUUCCAUCACCCCGCCCCAUUCUCCCUCCUUCCAUCACCCGCCCCAUUCUCCCUCCUUCCAUCACCCCACCCCAUUCUCCCUCCUUCCAUCACCCCGCCCCAUUCUCCCGCUUUCCAUCACCACGCCUCAUUCUCCCGCUUUCCAUCACCCCGCCCCAUACUCCCGCUUUCCAUCACCCCGCCCCAUUCUCCCGCUUUCCAUCACCCCGCCCCAUUCUCCCGCUUUCCAUCACCCCGCCCCUUUCUCCCGCUUUCCAUCACCCCGCCCCAUUCUCUCGCUUUCCAUCACCCCGCCCCAUUCUCCCGCUUUCCAUCACACUGCCCCAUUCUCCUGCUUUCCAUCACCCCUCUCCAUUCUCCCUCUUUCCAUCACCCCGCCCCAUUCGCCCUCUUUCCAUCACCCCUCCCCAUUCUCCCUCUUUCCAUCACCCCGCCCCAUUCUCCCUCUUUCCAUCACCUCGCCCCAUCCUCCCUCUUUCCAUCACCCCGCACCAUUCUCCCGCUUUCCAUCACCCCGCACCAUUCUCCCGCUUUCCAUCACCGCGCCCCAUUCUACUGCUUUCCAUCACCCCGUCCCAUUCUCCCGCUUUCCAUCACCCCGCCCAAUUUUCCCUCUUUCCAUCACCCCGACCCAUUCUCCUUCUUUCCAUCACCCCGCCCCAUUCUCCCCCAAUCCAUCACCCCUCCCCAUUUUCACUCUUUCCAUCACCCCGUCCCAUUCUCCGGCUUUCCAUCACCCCGCCCCAUUCUCCCUCUUUCCAUCACCCCGCCCCAUUCUCCCUCCUUCCAUAACCCCGCCCCAUUCCCCCGCUUUCCAUCACCCCGCCCCAUUCUCCCGCAUUCGAUCACCCCGCCCCAUUCUCCCUCCUUCCAUCACCCCGCCCCAUUCUCCCGCUUUCCAUCACCCCACCCCAUUCUUCCGCAUUCCAUCACCCCGCCCCAUUCUCCCGCUUCCCAUCACCUCGCCCCAUUCUCCCGCAUUCCAUCACCCCGCCCCAUUCUCCCGGUUUCCAUCACCCCGCCCCCUUCUCCCUCCUUCCAUCACCCUGCCCCAUUCUCCCUCCUUCCAUCACCCCGCCCCUUUCUCCCGCUUUCCAUCAGCCUGCCCCAUUCUCCCGCUUUCCAUCACCCCGCCCCAUUCUCCUGCGUUCCAUCUCCCCGCCCCAUUCUCCCGGUUUCCAUAACCCCGCCCCCUUCUCCCUCCUUCCAUCACCCCGCCCCAUUCUCCCUCCUUCCAUCAUCCCGCCCCUUUCUCCCGCUUUCCAUCAGCCCGCCCCAUUCUCCCGCUUUCCAUCACCCAGCCCCAUUCUCCCGCUCUCCAUCACCCCGCCCCGUUCUCACGCUUUCCAUCACCCCGCCCCAUUCACCCGCUUUCCAUCACCCCGCCUCAUUCCGCUCCUCUCCGUCACCCCGCCCCAUUCUCCCGCUUUCCAUCACCUCGCCCCAUUCUCACGCUCUCCAUCACCCCGCCCAAUUCACCCGCUUUCCAUCACCCCGCCCCAUUCUCACGCUUUCCAUCACCCCACCCCACUCCCGCUUUCCAUCACCCCGCCCCAUUCUCCCGCUUUCCAUCACCUCGCCCCAUUCUCACGCUUUCCAUCACCCCGCCCCAUUCUCCCGCUUUCCAUCACCCCGCCCCAUUCUCCCUCCUUCCAUCACCCCGCCUCAUUCUCCCUCCUUCCAUCACCCCGCCCCAUUCUCCUGCUUUCCAUCACCCCGCCCCAUUCUCCCGCUUCCCAUCACCCCGCCCCAUUCUCCCGCUUUCCAUCACCCCGCCCCAUUCUCCCGCAUUCCAUCACCCCGCCCCAUUCUCCCGCUUUCCAUAACCCCGCCCCAUUCUCCUGCUUCCAUCACCCUGCCAUAUUCUCCCACUUUCCAUCACCCCGCCCCAUUCUCCCUCCUUCCAUCACCCGCCCCAUUCUCCCUCCUUCCAUCACCCCACCCCAUUCUCCCUCCUUCCAUCACCCCGCCCCAUUCUCCCGCUUUCCAUCACCACGCCUCAUUCUCUCGCUUUCCAUCACCCCGCCCCAUACUCCCGCUUUCCAUCACCCCGCCCCAUUCUCCCGCUUUCCAUCACCCCGCCCCAUUCUCCCGCUUUCCAUCACCCCGCCCCUUUCUCCCGCUUUCCAUCACCCCGCCCCAUUCUCUCGCUUUCCAUCACCCCGCCCCAUUCUCCCGCUUUCCAUCACACCGCCCCAUUCUCCUGCUUUCCAUCACCCCUCUCCGUUCUCCCUCUUUCCAUCACCCCGCCCCAUUCGCCCUCUUUCCAUCACCCCUCCCCAUUCUCCCUCUUUCCAUCACCCCGCCCCAUUCUCCCUCUUUCCAUCACCUCGCCCCAUCCUCCCUCUUUCCAUCACCCCGCACCAUUCUCCCGCUUUCCAUCACCCCGCACCAUUCUCCCGCUUUCCAUCACCGCGCCCCAUUCUACUGCUUUCCAUCACCCCGUCCCAUUCUCCCGCUUUCCAUCACCCCGCCCAAUUUUCCCUCUUUCCAUCACCCCGACCCAUUCUCCCUCUUUCCAUCACCCCCCCCCAUUUUCCCCCAAUCCAUCACCCCUCCCCAUUUUCACUCUUUCCAUCACCCCGUCCCAUUCUCCCGCUUUCCAUCACCCCGCCCCAUUCUCCCUUUUUCCAUCACCCCGCCCCAUUCUCCCCCAAUCCAUCACCCCGCCCCAUUUUCACUCUUUCCAUCACCCCGUCCCAUUCUCCCGCUUUCCAUCACCCCGCCCAUUCUCCCGCUUUCCAUCACCCCGCUCCAUUCUCCCCCUUUCCAACACCCCACCCAAUUCUCCCUCUUUCCAUCACCCCUCCCCAUUCUCCCUCUUUCCAUCAUCCAGCCCCAUUCUCCCGCGUUCCAUCACCCCGCCCCAUUCUCCCUCUUUCCAUCAUCGCGCCCCAUUCUCCCUCUUUCCAUCACCCCGCCCCAUUCUCCCGCUUUCCAUCACCCCGUCCCAUGCUCCCGCUUUCCAUCACCCCGCCCCAUUCUCUCGCUUUCCAUCACCACGCCCCAUUCUCCCGCUUUCCAUCACCCCGCCCCAUUCUCCCGCUUUCCAUCACUCCGCCCCAUUCUCCCGCUUUCCAUCACCCCGCCCCAUUCUCCCGCUUUCCAUCACCCCGCCCCAUUCUUCUCCUUCCAUCACCCCGCCUCAUUCUACCUCCUUCCAUCACCCCGCCCCAUUCUCCCGCUUUCCAUCACCCCGCCCCAUUCUCCCGCUUUCCAUCACCCCGCCCCAUUCUCCCGCUUUCCAUCACCACGCCCCAUUCUCCCGCUUUCCAUCACCCCGCCCCAUUCUCCCUCCUUCCAUCACCCUGCCCCAUUCUCCCGCUUUCCGUCACCCCGCCCCAUUCUCCCGCUUUCCAUCACCUCGCCCCAUUCUUCUGCUUUCCAUCAACCCGCCCCAUUGUCCCGCUUUCAAUCACCCCGCCCCAUUCACCCGCAUUCUAUAACCCGCCCCAUUCUCCCGCUUUCCAUCAUCCCGCCCCGUUCUUCCGCUUUCCAUCACCCCGCCCCAUCCUCCCGCUUUUCAUCACCACGCCCCAUUCUCCCGCUUUCCAACACCCCGCCCCGUUCUCCCGCUUUCCAUCACCCCGCCCCAUUCUCCCGCUUUCCAUCACCCCGCCCCAUUCUCCCGCUUUCCAUCACUCCGCCCCAUUCUCCCGCUUUCCAUCACCCCGCCCCAUUCUCCCGCUUUCCAUCAACCCGCCCCAUUCUCCCUCUUUCCAUCACCCCGCCACAUUCUCCCGCUUUCCAUCACCCCUUUCAAUUCUCCCUCUUUCCGUCACCCCGCCCCAUUCUCCCACUUUCCGUCACCCCCCCCCAUUCUCCCGCUUUCCAUCACCCCGCUCCAUUCUCCCUCUUUCCAUCACCCCAACCCCAUUCUCCCGCUUUCCAUCACCCCGCCCCAUUCUCCCUCUUUCCAUCACCCCGCCCCAUUCUCCUGCUUUCCAUCACCCCGCCCCAUUCCCCUGCUUUCCAUCACCCCGCCCCAUUCUUCAUCAUGUUGCACCAACAAUUCUCCCGCUUUCCAUCACCCCGCUCCAUUGUCCCGCUUUCCACUACCCCGCCCAAUUCUCCCUCUUUCCAUCACCCCUCCCCAUUCUCCCUCUUUCCAUCACCCCGCCCCAUUCUCCCGCUUUCCAUCACCCCGCCCCAUUCUCCCUCUUUCCAUCACCCCGCCCCAUUCUCCCGCUUUCUAUCACCCCGCCCCAUUUUCCCGCUUUCCAUCACCCCUUUCCAUUCUCCUGCUUUCCAUCACCCCGCCCCAUUCUCCCGCUUUCCAUCAUCCCGCCCCAUUCUCCCUCUUUCCAUCACCCCGCCCCAUUCUCCCGCUUUCCAUCACCCCGCACCAUUCUUCCGCUUUCCAUCAUCCCGCCCCAUUCUCCCGCUUUCCAUCACCCCGCCCCAUUCUCCCGCUUUGCAUCACCCCGCCCCAUUCUCCCGCUUUCCAUCACCCCGCCCCAUUCUCCCGCUUUCCAUCACCCCUCCCCAUUCUCCCUCUUUCCAUCACCCCGCCCCAUUCUCCUGCUUUCCAUCACCCCGCCCCAUUCUCCCGCUUUCCAUCACCCCGCCCCAUUCUCCCUCUUUCCAUCACCCCGCCCCAUUCUCCCGCUUUCCAUCUCCCCACCCCAUUCUCCUGCUUUCCAUCACCCCGUCCCAUUCUCCCGCCUCUUUCCAUCACCCCGCCCCAUUCUCCCGCUUUCCAUCACCGCGCCCCAUUCUCCCGCUUUCCAUCACCCCGCCCCAUUCUCCCGCUUCCCAUCACCCCGCCCCGUUCUCCCACUUUCCAUCACCCCGCCCCAUUCUCCCGCUUUCCAUCACCCGCGCCCAUUCUCCUGCUUUCCAUCACCCCGCCCCAUUCUCCCUCUUUCCAUCACCCCGCCCCAUUCUCCCUCUUUCCAUCACCCUGCCCCAUUCUCCCGCUUUCCAUCACCCCGCCCCAUUCUCCCGCUUUCCAUCACCCCGCCCCAUUCUCCCGCUUUCCAUCACCCCGCCCCAUUCUCCCGGUUUCCAUCACCCCGCCCCAUUCUCCCGGUUUCCAUCACCCUGCCCCAUUCUCUCGCUUUCCAUCACUCUGCCCCAUUCUACCUCUUUCUAUCACCCCGCCCCAUUCUCCCUCUUUCCAUCACCCCGCCCCAUUCUCCCGAUUUCCAUCACCCCGCCCCAUUCUCUCACCUCUUUCCAUCACCCCGCCCCAUUCUCCCGCUUUCCAUCACUCCGCAUUCUCCCGCUUUCCAUCACCCCGCCCCAUUCUCCCGCUUUCCAUCACCCCGCCCCAUUCUCCAACUUUCCAUCACCCCGCCCCAUUCUCCCACUUUCCAUCACCCCGCCCCAUUCUCCCGAUUCCAUCAUCCCUCCCCAUUGUCCCACUUUCCAUCACCCCGCCCCAUUCUCCCUCUUUGCAUCAGCCCGCCCCAUUCUCCCUCUUUCCAUCACCCCGCCCCAUUCUCCCGCUUUCCAUCACCCCGCCCCAUUCUCCCGCUUUCCAUCACCCCGCCCCAUUCUCCCGCUUUCCAUCACCCCGCCCCAUUCUCCAGCUUUCCAUCACCCCGCCCCAUUCUCCCUCUUUCCAUCACCCUUCCCCAUUUUCCCUCUAUCCAUCACCCCACCCAAUUCUCCCGCUUUCCAUCACCCCGUCCCAUUCUCCCGCUUUCCAUCACCUCGCCCCAUUCUUUUGCGUUCCAUCACCCCACCCCAUCCUCCCCUCUUUCCAUCACCCCGCCCCAUUCUCCCGAUUUCUAUCACCCCACCCCAUUCUCCCUCUUUCCAUCACUUCGCCCCAUUCUCCCGCUUUCCAUCACCCCCGCCCCAUUCUCCCUCUUUCAAUCACCCCGCCCCAUUCUCUCGCUUUCCAUCACCCCGCCCUGUUCUCCCGCUUUCCAUCACCCCGCCCCAUUUUCCCGCUUUCCAUCACCCCGCCCCAUUCUCCUGCUUUCCAUCACCCCGCCCCAUUCUCCCUCAUUUCAUCACCCCGCCCCAUUCUCUCGCUUUCCAUCACCCCGCCCCAUUCUCCUGCUUUUCAUCACCCCGCCCCAUUCUCCCGCUUUCCAUCACCCCGUCCCAUUCUCCCUCUUUCCAUCACCCCGCUCCAUUCUCCCGCUUUCCAUCACCCCGCCCUAUUCUCCCUCUUUCCAUCACCCCUCCCUAUUCUCCCUCUUUCCAUCACCCCGCCCUAUUCUCCCGCUUUCCAUCACCCCGCCCCAUUCUCCCGCUUUCCAUCACCCCGCCCCAUUCUCCCGCUUUCCAUCACCCCGCCCCAUUCUCCCGCUUUCCAUCAACCCGCCCCAUUCUCCCGCUUUGCAUCACCCCGCCCCAUUCUCCCGCUUUCCAUCACCCCGCCCCAUUCUCCCGCUUUCCAUCACCCCUCCCCAUUCUCCCUCUUUCCAUCACCCCGCCCCAUUCUCCUGCUUCCCAUCACCCCGCCCCAUUCUCCCGCUUUCCAUCACCCCGCCCCAUUCUCCCUCUUUCCAUCACCCCGACCCAUUCUCCCGCUUUCCAUCUCCCCACCCCAUUCUCCUGCUUUCCAUCACCCCGUCCCAUUCUCCCGCCUCUUUCCAUCACCACGCCCCAUUCUCCCGCUUUCCAUCACCGCGCCCCAUUCUCCCGCUUUCCAUCACCCCGCCCCCAUUCUCCCGCUUCCCAUCACCCCGCCCCGUUCUCCCACUUUCCAUCACCCCGCCCCAUUCUCCAGCAUUCCAUCACCGCGCCCCAUUCUCUUGCUUUCCAUCACCCCGCCCCAUUCUCCCUCUUUCCAUCACCCCGCCCCAUUCUCCCUCUUUCCAUCACCCCGCCCCAUUCUCCCGCUUUCCAUCACCCCGCCCCAUUCUCCCGAUUUCCAUCACCCCGCCCCAUUCUCCCGCUUUCCAUCACCCCGCCCCAUUCUCCCGGUUUCCAUCACCCCGCCCCAUUCUCCCGGUUUCCAUCACCCUGCCCCAUUCUCUCGCUUUCCAUCACUCUGCCCCACUCUACCUCUUUCUAUCACCCCGCCCCAUUCUCCCUCUUUCCAUCACCCCGCCCCAUUCUCCCGAUUUCCAUCACCCCGCCCCAUUCUCUCGCCUCUUUCCAUCACCCCGCCCCAUUCUCCCGCUUUCCAUCACUCCGCCCCAUUCUCCCGCUUUCCAUCACCCCGCCCCAUUCUCCAACUUUCCAUCACCCCGCCCCAAUCUCCCGCUUUCCAUCAACCCGACCCAUUCUCUCGCUUUCCAUGACCCCGCCCCAUUCUCCCUCUUUCGAUCACCCGCCCCAUUCUCCCGCUUUCCUUCACCCCGCCCCAUUCUUUCGCCUCUUUCCAUCACCCCGCCCCAUUCUCCCGCUUUCCAUCACCCCGCCCCAUUCUCCCGCUUUCCAUCACCCCGCCCCAUUCUCCAGCUUUCCAUCACCCCGCCCCAUUCUCCCUCUUUCCAUCACCCUUCCCCAUUCUCCCUCUAUCCAUCACCCCACCCAAUUCUCCCGCUUUCCAUCACCCCGUCCCAUUCUACCGCUAUCCAUCACCCCGCCCCAUUCUUUUGCGUUCCAUCACCCCACCCCAUCCUCCCCUCUUUCCAUCACCCCGCCCCAUUCUCCCUCUUUCCAUCACCCCGCCCCAUUCUCCCGCUUUCCAUCACCCCGCCCCAUUCUCCCUCUUUCAAACACCCCGCCCCAUUCUCUCGCUUUCCAUCAGCCCGCCCAGUUCUCCCGCUUUCCAGAACCCCGCCCCAUUUUCCCGCUUUCCAUCACCCCGCCCCAUUCUCGUGCUUUCCAUCACCCCGCCCCAUUCUCCCUCAUUCCAUCACCCGCCCCAUUCUCUAGCUUUCCAUCACCCCGCCCCAUUCUCCCGCUUUUCAUCACCCCGCCCCAUUCUCCCGCUUUCCAUCACCCCGUCCCAUUCUCCCUCUUUCCAUCACCCCGCUCCAUUCUCCCGCUUUCCAUCACCCCGCCCUAUUCUCCCUCUUUCCAUCACCCCUCCCUAUUCUCCCUCUUUCCAUCAUCCCGCCCUAUUCUCCCGCUUUCCAUCACCCCGCCCCAUUCUCCCGCUUUCCAUCACCCCGCCCCAUUCUCCCGCUUUCCAUCACCCCGCCCCAUUCUCCCGGUUUCCAUCACCCGGCCCCAUUCUCCCGCUUUCCAUCACCCCGCCCCAUUCUCCCUCUUUCCAUCACCCCGCCCCGUUCUCUCGCUUUCCAUCACCCUGCUCCGUUCUCCCGCUUUCCAUCACCCCGACCCAUUCUCCCCCUUUCCAUCAACCCGCCACAUUCUCCCGCUUUCCAUCACCGCGCCCCAUUCUCCCUCUUUCCAUCACCCCGCCCCGUUCUCCCGCUUACCAUCACCCCGCCCCAUUCUCCCGCUUUCCAUCACCCCGCCCCAUUCUCCCUCUUUCCAUCACCCCGCCCCAUUCUCCCUGUUUCCAUCACCCCGCCCCAUUCUCCCGAUUUCCAUCACCCCUCCCCAUUCUCCCGCUUUCCAUCACCCCGCCCCAUUCUCCCGCUUUCCAUCACUCCACCCCAUUCUCCCGCUUUCCAUCACCCUGCCCCAUUCUCCCGCUUUCCAUCACCCUGCCCCAUUCUCCCGCUUCCCAUCACCCCGGCCCAUUCUCCCGCUUUCCAUCACCCCGCCCCAUUCUCCCGCUUUCCAUCACCCCGCCCCAUUCUCCCUCCUUCCAUCACCCCGCCUCAUUCUCCCGCUUUCCAUCACCCCGCCCCAUUCUCCCACUUUCCAUCACCCAGCCACAUUCUCCCACUUUCCAUCAGCCCGCCCCAUUCUCCCUCCUUCCAUCGCCCUGCCCCAUUCUCCCUCCUUCCAUCAUCCCGCCCCAUUCUCCCUCCAUCUAUCGCCCUGCCCCAUUCUCCCUCCUUCCAUCAUCCCGCCCCAUUCUCCCUCCUUCCAUCACCCCGCCUCAUUCUCCCGCUUUCCAUCACCCCGCCCCAUUCUCCCACUUUCCAUCACCCAGCCACAUUCUCCCACUUUCCAUCAGCCCGCCCCAUUCUCCCUCCUUACAUCGCCCUGCCCCAUUCUCCCUCCUUCCAUCAUCCCGCCCCAUUCUCCCUCCUUCCAUCACCUCGCCCCAUUUUCCCGCUUUCUAUCAGCCCGCCCCAUUCCACCGCUUUCCAUCACCCCGCCCCAUUCUCUAGCUUUCCAUAACCCGCCCCAUUCUCCUGCUUUCCAUCACCCCGCCCCAUUCUCCCGCUUUCCAUCACCCCACCCCAUUCUCCCGCUUUCCAUCACCCCACCCCAUAUUCCCGCUUUCCAUCACCCCGCCCCAUUCUCCAGCUUUCCAUCAGCCGCCCCAUUCUCCCGCUUUCCAUCACCCCGCCUCAUUCUCCCGAUUCCCAUCAACCCACCCCAUUCUCCCGCUUUCUAUCACCCGUCCCCAUUCUCCCUCUUUCCAUUACCCCGCCCCAUUCUCCCGCUUUCCAUCACCCCGCCCCAUUCUACCACUUUCCAUCACCUCGCCCCUUUCUCCCGCUUUCUAUCACCCUGCCCCAUUCUCCCGCUUUCCAUCAACCUGCCCCAUUCUCCCGCUUUCCAUCACCCUAGACCAGGCUCGUGGACCAGGCAAGCUCGUGGACCAGGCAAGCUCUUGGACCAGGCAAGCUCUUGGACCAGGCAAGCUCCUCCACCACGCAAGCUCCUGGACCAGGCACGCUCGUGGACCAGGCACGCUCCUGGACUAGGCAAGCUCUUGGAUCAGGCACGCUUCUGGACCAAGCAAGCUCCUGGACCAGGCAAGCUCCUGGACCGGGCAAGCCCCUGGACCAGGCAAGCUCGUGGACAAGGCAAGCUCCUGGACUAG